AUGGACCCCACUCGGCCACGCCUGCAAGACCUGGCCCGCGAUGGCCACGCCUUUGGCCUCCCCUGGUCCAACCAAGUCAAAAUGCCCCUGACAGGCUUCGAGUCCAGCCGGGUCGAAGACGCCACGCGCGGGCCCUGGCUGCUCUCCUCACCGUUCGAUCUCUCCGAGGCGAGUCUCACCACGCUUUUACCAGAGACCGGCUCGUGGACGGCAAGUUUUCGCGACGGAUUCAGCACCCACGCCAGCUCCAGCCACGAACACUUGAGCGCCAGUCUCGGCCUCACCGUCGGCUGUCCCUUCCUCAGCGCCUCGGUCAGCGCCGAGUACGACCGCACGGUCCAAAACAACGAGAACGGCGUCCAGGCGUCGCGCCACUCCAGCUACCGCGUCGGGCGGGUUAUCCUCGACACUGUUCCCCCGCUUUCAGUGCACGCCGUGGCGCUUCUGCAGGGCCCGCGGGGGGAGACGCGCUUCCGCGAACUGUACGGCGAUUACUAUGUCUGCGCGUACGAGCUCGGCGCCGAUGCAGGAGCCUGUCUGUCGGCAUCGGUCGAGUCGUCGUCGCUGGAGGAGCGCGUCACCCUGACUGUCACCGUCAAGGCGCUCUUUGCCAGCGAGAGCGUCAGCACCACCGAGACCUCAUCGUCUACCAGCUCCUCUUCCCUCAUGACCUUCUGCGGAUACAACACGCUCGCCCCCUCGCUGCCGGCCUAUACCCUUCGUGGGCUCGGGGGCGACGCCCAGCUCCAGCUGCAACAGACGACGGCCGCACAGCUCGCAAAGGUGGCAACGCUCGAUCAAGAACUGCGGGGGCGACUGGGCGGGCUGGGGCUAGCCGAUGGCCACCGUCUGGCCUUGCCGGCGUGUGCUGCACUUUGUCGAUCGGGGGUGGUAGUACAGCUGCUUCUGGCCCCUUUCCGGAGGCUUACCGAGUACGCCAGACUCGUAAAAGCAUGA